UUCAGGGAGUCAUGAUGGAAGCUUCACAGGAGAGAAACAGAAAGUACCAUGUCAACAGACAGUCUGACAGAAUUUGGGUGAACUUGGAUUCCUGAUGUCCAAGGCUUAGGGUGGCUCUGUGGUUCUACCCACGCCAUGCACAGAGAGAUAGAAGAAAGCCUCAGAUAUAAUAAGAAAUGGAAACUUUCCGGGAUCCAGAAGAUUCAUUAUAAUGCAGUAGAAAAAAUACUGGGAGGGUUUGGUACAAUCCCAGGUAAACUGAUCUGGCCCACCAGUCUCACCACCACUCCAGAGGGCGACUUAGCAGUGAAAGACAGCGGCACCGGACACAUCCAGGUCUACAGUGCUGAUGGCCAACCUAAGCUUAGGUUUCCUUAUGGACCUGAACCAAUAAAGGGUCUAGGAGACAUUGCCUGCAUGAAGAACGGUGUGCUACUUGUGACAAAUGGAACCAAAACCAUCCAGCUCUUCAACAAAGAUGGUGAACUGAUCCAUGAGCUAAAAUCUCCAAAAGUAACCUGGCCUUAUUCAUAUGGAAUAGAAGUCCUGAAAGCCAACAGAAUUGCAGUGUCUGACUGGUCGAGCGGAGGAAAAAUUAACAUCAUUGGGGUGGAUUGGAGGAUGAACACCAUCCUGAAGACCCACUCAAUAGAAGGAUUCCACCGGCCAGUGCGCGUGGCUGUCAACAAGAAUGACGAGAUGUUAGUUACAGAAGGGCAGCUUUUUGGAAGAUUCCAGGGCUGCUGUAUCAAAGUGAUUGGCAAGGAACGAAGUGUGACGAAGACCAUCGGGCCUCGCUAUGGGAAAAAACUCGCUUUUGAAAACCCUUCUGGAGUCUGCGUGGAUUGUCAUGGGAAUGUCCUUGUGUCAGACGAAGGACAAAACUGCAUUGUAAUGUUUAAUCCCGACUCUUCCCUCAGUGCUGUUGUGGUGAAUGAGGGCUUGCAAGGCCCAAGUGGUCUAGCCAUGAUGGACCAUGGGCUGGUCGCCGUUGCUGACUGCUACAAUCACUGUGUUAAAAUCUAUAGGUACAAAUAAGCUCCACAACAUCUUUGUUCAAUA